CUCAUGCAAGUAACAAACUCAAGCUACAUGACUCACAUCCCAAACAUCUAUUACAACAACAUGCCGAUAGCUCGCUUUGCUACAUUGCUCAUAGUCACCGGCUUCCUCUCCACUGUCGGGCAUCUCGGAUCACCGGCAUUUGGCGCUCUCGAUGAUGAUCUCCUAGCUCUUGACAUUGUGUCAAAAAUCCACACCGAUAGGAGCUUGACAGUCGAGGCUUCCUCGGACUUUGGCCACAUUGUGGAGGCCACCCCGAAUGGCGUUUUUCACCCGGCCUCGUCCGCCGACAUAGCUACUCUAAUCCGCUUCUCGCUCCACCAGCAGACACCCUUUACCGUGGCGCCACGUGGGAAAGGGCAUUCCUCUCGGGGGCAAGCCCUCGCCCCCGGUGGCAUUGUCGUCGACAUGCCCUCACUGGGGCAAGGUGACCAUGGUCACCGCAUAAACGUGUCCUUCGAUGGGAUGUACGUGGACGUCGGCGGGGAGCAGCUGUGGGUCGACGUCCUCCAUGCCACGCUCAAGCAUGGGCUCACUCCACGGGUGUGGACCGACUACCUCCGCAUCACCGUUGGCGGCACGCUCUCUAACGCCGGCAUAGGCGGGCAGGUGUUCCGGCACGGCCCCCAGAUCUCCAACGUACAGGAGCUUGACGUGGUCACAGGCACGGGAGACAUGAUCACCUGCUCCCCGGGCAACAACUCGGACCUGUUCUACGGGGCAUUGGGCGGGCUGGGCCAGUUCGGGGUGAUAACCCGGGCCCGGGUCGGGCUCGAACGGGCCCCAAAACGGGUCAAGUGGGUCCGGCUGGCCUACACGGAUGUGCACCAGUUUACUGCUGACCAAGAGCUGCUCAUAUCACAUAGAGCCGGGUUCGACUACGUCGAGGGGCAGGUCCAGCUGAAGCUGACCCUGACGGAGGGCCGGAGGUCGUCGUCCUUCUUCUCGGCGUCGGAGCUCGCUCGUCUGACAGAGCUCGCACUGGGCACCGGAUCAGCCGCGGUGUACUUCAUCGAGGGCGCGAUGUACUACGACGACCGCUCUGCUGGCACGGUGGAGGUGGACCAGAAGCUUGAGGCGCUGCUGGAGGAGCUGAGCUUCGUCCCGGGGUUCGUGUUCGUCAGGGACGUGGCGUACGUGCAGUUCCUGGACCGCGUCGGGCAGGAGGAGCAGAAGCUCCGGUCGGCCGGCGUGUGGGACGUGCCGCACCCGUGGCUCAACCUCUUCGUCCCGAGGUCGCGCAUCCACGAAUUCGCCGCCGGAGUGUUCGACGGCGUCCUCAGGGGCACCAGGCCCGUGGGGCUCAUCCUCAUGUACCCCAUGAACAGGGACAGGUGGGACGACCGGAUGACGACGGUGACGCCCGACGAGGACGUGUUCUACGCCGUGGGGCUGCUCCGGUCGGCGGUGGCCGCCGGCGACCUGGAGCGGCUGGAGAGGGAGAACGAGGAGGUGCUGGAGCUGUGCGACCGGGCGGGCAUCGGGUGCAAGCAGUACCUGCCGCACCACGCGUCGCAGGACGGCUGGAGGCGGCACUUCGGCGCGAAAUGGGACAGGGUCGCCGGGCUCAAGGCCACGUACGACCCGCGAGCGAUUCUGUCGCCGGGGCAGGGGAUUCCCGCCCGCGGUGGCCAGCACGACGCCCGCUACAAUCACGGCGUCCUGAGAUUUAUUACGUAUAAUCUGUUCAAGUACGUCCGCGCACGUAGAAUCAGCGACCACUGGGUGGUCGGUAAUCUGUAGGUGUUCAGACAUCAGACCAGAGCGUAGGAUUGCGACAAGGGGUCCAAAUGGACCUGCUUUUAGUACCUCAAGUAUACGAACUCGGUUUGUGGGGAAGGAAGCGGGCAUUGUGGAUACAGUAA